AUGUACCACAGCGCUACCGACACCACUAGUGCACCAUCAGCACCUCCCUUUGCUUAUGAUAAUCCACCGCAAUAUCACAACAACAACAGCAGCAGCGGCAAUAGCAACCCACCUACACUCGCUCGAGUCAUUGAUGCCUUGAGCGACUGUCAACGUGUCAUAGUCGACCAACGCAACACUUUUCAACGACUUAUUACCGAGGGCCGAAAAGCCAUUGCUCAAAAGACUCUUCAGCAUGAAGAACUUCAAUACCAGAGCCAGCUUUUAAAGGCUGAAAAUGCAACGCUGUUGGAGCAAGUAAAAGAAAAAGUGCAACAAGGCAAUCGUUCAAUACAAGACAACAUUAACGCGAGCAAAACUGUCUUUGGAUUUCAUAAUUUGGUCGUGAAUGCCGUGGAUCCAUCAACGACGAAGGCGGUAUCAGACUCACUGGGUACUACUACUGUUCAGGAAGGCGCUCCUCUUAUUGACAUCAAGGAUAUUGAGCGGCAGCUUAAGAUACAGCAACACGAAAACGUAACAACUACAGCGGACCUUGUUGAGGCUCGGAUGCAACUGGCGACGGCUGAGAAAAGGCUGACGGAGUGCUUAAACGACAACGUUUCAUGCAAAAUGCAAUCACGUGUGUCGGAGGCUGAACUGCGGGAAACGAUCUGGCAAAAUGAAAGCCUAUUUGACGAACUACAAGUGACGCGACAAAAUGAAGACCAGCUUAUUGAACGGUGCUUUCAACUGGAAGAGCAACUACAGAAAUAUGUGCUACGAGACAGAGACCGACUGAAACUUGUGGAUGACGACGUUGAUUGCUUAAAUGGAGCAUCACAACAACAGAGGUCAGUUCUACAACCAAAUGACCGCAACCACCGCACAACUACUACUGCCACUACAGCCGCGAUCGGUGCUGAUGGUAACUACGAGGACAGCGAAGAGUGGGUACAGUUGCAACGCGCUCCACACUAUGAAGUCCUAGUAAAUGACAAAGUUACAUCUGAAGCUAUCGUGGCGAACAACGCGAGCGUGUCUUUUAUUAAGGAGGAUGUUGUACGCCGCGCAGGAAUGAUGCCAAAGAAACUGAGCCCCUCUGCUCGCUUCAAAUGCUGGGGUAGUAAUCACCAACCAAUGAUUGUGGUGAAAGAAGCUGUCGUGGUGCCUAUCAAAAUUGGCGCACACCGUGGUCGGUGCCCAAUGUUUGUAUACCAACAGAUAGGCUCAGAUAUAAUACUAGGUGCGAGCUGGCUGAAAAGUGAACACGCCUACUGGAUGGUGAAUCACAUGCUGAUUGGUCCCAAGAAACUCCGUGUGGAUCCAAAGCCGCCAGUCAUGGUGAGGAAAACUGAUCCGAAAGCGCAGGUGUCGGUCGAUAAUGGGCCUGUCAUUAUCGAGCGUCUCAACUGA